AUGGCCAACCCUCCUUUGCCUUACGAUGGGUUUAUGACAAUGUCUCUUGAGGACCGUUUCACCUUCCUCUUUAGGGCGCAGCAAGUCCAGUUUGAUGCCAAUAAAAAGAUUGACGACCGACUGUCUGCCAUUGAGAAGGAACACCUGGCUGCACUUACCUCUACCCCUACUACAGGGCCCCCGCACACUCAAUCCAUCUGCUCUACUACUACCAAAGCCGCCCUUGAGAAGAUUGUUGCUACCCUGUCUAUUGCAGACAAACAGGCUGGCCACAUCAUAGGGCACGCGGGAACUAGCUUACACCAAAUCCACGACAUCUUGCAUGCAAAGAUCUCGGUCUCCCCUGUUGUCACCUCUGGUUUGCGUGCUGUCACUAUCAGAGAUACUGCUUGUGAAGUUGGUAAUGCUCUCUCUGCUAUUGGCAAGCGGAUUGCCCAUUGUUGCAUCUGCAACCCUAGGUCCAAGAAGCCCAAACAGCCUCCUGCGCCCACUGCCGCCCCUCUUACCCUUGUCAUUGAACCUCCUUCUCCUACUCCAAUCUCGAGCUCUACCUACCCCAACUACCCAUCCUUGUCGCUCGCCUCUGGUUUGCCUAUGGAGGUGGACGCUCUCAGGGCUCCGCAGCAACACUCUGACGGUUACUCUUACCCCGGGCCUGUUCAGCCUAGAAAGGGAAUUCAGAUUGCGCAUUGUGGCGGUGGACCGUCUCGUGUCUUUGGUGCAAACCGUCCAUGGUAA